AUGUUAUACAAUCCUUCUCAAAAUUCAUCAGUAGAUGAGAGUAUGGUUGCAUUUACGGGCAGGUCGACAAUGAAACAAUACAUGCCCUUGAAACCAAUCAAGAGGGGAUUCAAAGUGUGGGCUAUGACCGAUUUUGCUACAGGUUACUUACUUAGUUUUGAUGUAUAUACUGGUAAAAAAAAAUCUAAUAAACCUGAAUUAGGACUGGGUGAAAAUGUAGUUUUAGAACUUAAUAUUGAUUUGUUUGGUUGUGGUACGUUUCGCAUCAAUAAAAAAUUUUAUCCUAAGCAUUUGAUGAAAAAAGAUUCACUAUACAAACCAGGAGAAAUAGAAUUUGCUCAAAGUGAAGAUGUAAGUGUUUGUCGAUGGAAAGAUCGGGGUAAAAAACCAGUUACAGUAAUAAGCAACAUGCAUGAUGCUUCAUCUACUGAGAUAGUAAAUAGAAAAAAUAGUAAGGGUGAGAGGAUACCCAUAGAAUGUCCCAAAAGCAUAGCAGAUUACAAUAAAUUUAUGGGUGGAGUAGACCGAUUUGACCAAUACAUGGCUAGAUAUAUUUAG